UCGAGGCAACGUACACAAACGACUCGAAUAGAGCUUCUAAUCUCCCGAACAGCAGCUCGAACAAUCAGCAACUCGACGGAUAUACCUCCACACGCGGAACAGCAGCAUGUUCAACUGGGUAAAGCAAAGCGUGGGCCUCACAGAUCACCACUACGGUCCCGAAGGCCUGCAAUCCGUGGCCCUGCAAACGAAAGAUGUUCAAUACACCGAGCUGAAGAAAGAGGACCUCAUAUGGGAGCGAGUGGGCGGAACCAACGUCGAGACCAAGACAUUCUACAUGACCAGCGAUUCAGGUCUCCUCGGAAUGGCACAAGUCAUCUACAGCGAUGUGAUGGGUGUUCGCAACACCGCACAAUUCAGUAGCAAGAUCUUCUACCCGAAAGAGUCUGGAAAGACCAACGUGUGGUCGUCGGACAACCUUUCCAACUACAAGUUCUCCAAGGACAACCUCGACUUCAAGGCUGAUGGCUGCUCCAUGGAGCUCAGUCCAGACGGCAAUACAUACCACAUCAAAUCUUCUACGGGCAAGAAAGCUAUAGUUGACCUGAAGUUCACAAAGACCGCUCCUGGCUUCGCGGUGGGCAAGAAUGGAGUCAGCACAUUUGGCACAGAUCCAAAGGCACCGUGGGGAAAGAUGAAGCAUGGCUUCUGGCCGACCUGUAAGGUGGAGGGUUCAAUUGUGAUCAAGGAGGGGCCAGUCGAUUUCAAGGGACGAGGCAUGGCCGUGUUUGCCUUGCAGGGCAUGAAGCCCCAUUUUGCUGCUGCGAAGUGGAACUUCUGCAACUUCCAAUCACCCACAUACUCCGCUGUUCUCAUGGACUUCACCACCCCACCUUCAUACGGCCCAAGCACCGUCGCCGUUGGCGGUAUUGCUGUAGAGGGAGAAAUUCUAUUCGCCGGCGCCAGUCCAGAUGUCAGGGUCGAGCACACAGAAAUCAAGGGUGAUCCGGAAAACGGCUGGCCUGAGCCGAGCGCAGUGGUCUACAGUUGGAAAGGAAAGACCAAGGAUGGCAAGGACGCCUCCGCCGAGAUCAGGACAGCACUCGAGCCGCGUACAGACCGGCUCGACGUCAUGGGCGAAGUACCCAAGUUCGUGAAGCAGAUCGUGGUCGGCGUUGCUGGCACAAAGCCAUACAUCUACCAGUACGACCAGAAGAUGACUAUCAAGAUCAAGAUUGGGGACGAGGAGAAGACUGAGGAAGGCAGAACAUUUGCGGAAGCCACGUUCAUCACGUAG